AUGACUGUCCCCGGCAAGACUCAUCUGGCCUUCCAGUACAACGGGAAGCUCACAGAGCUCACGACAAAGGUACAUUCUGUACGGCCGUUUACGAGUUUGGAGGAACCCAAUCAAUUACUCUUUAAAAAUGGUGGCGAGAACGACUUUGUCAUAGUUACCAGCGAGACAAUAUUUCAUCCCCAAGGAGGAGGGCAACCUUCUGAUGAAGGGUUUAUCACCUGGAAACCUCAUGACGCAACAACAGAAGCAGCGACUGGCUCGUCUUCGGGUUCCAUCCAAUCUUUUCAAGUACGCGCUGUUCGGAUGGACGCUGUAAAUGGCUCACAGGUGCUACACCUUGGCACCUUUACGACGACUGAAGCGGUGUCGCAAUUACAUCAAGGAGACGAGGUGAAGCAGAUUCUAGACCAGGAAAAGCGACUACUGUACUCGCGUCUACACACAGCCGGUCACGUAUUGGGUUCUGCCGUGAGGAGCUUGUUGGAAACCGAGAUUCCUGGCUUUGAUGAACUCAAAGCGUCGCAUUUCCCCGACAGUGCGGCCUGUGAAUUCCAAGGCGCAAUAGAGGGAAAGUGGAAGGAGCCCAUUCAAGCCCGCGUCAAUGAGUACUUGGAAAAGUCUAUGCCUGUGGAGAUUGACUUUUGGACCGAAGAAGACUUUCGACGUGAGGGUCUGGAGCGACUAAUCCCGGAUCGUCGACUGCUGCCUCCUGGCGAGGACAAGUUCCGCGUCGUGCGCAUCGUUGGCGCUGAAGUCUAUCCGUGUGGAGGGACGCAUGUUGAUACGACUGACUUAUGUGGUGAGACUAAGGUCAAGAAGAUCGCCAGAAGUAAAGGCGUUAGCCGUGUAAGCUAUACAGUGGCAUAG